GAGCAGGCCGCGCGCGGGCCGCGGGCCCCGAGGCCGGAGCCAUGGGCGAGACCAAGAUCAUCUACCACCUGGACGGGCAGGAGACGCCGUACCUGGUGAAGCUGCCCCUGCCCGCCGAGCGCGUCACCUUGGCUGACUUUAAGGGCGUUCUGCAGCGACCCAGCUAUAAGUUCUUCUUCAAGUCUAUGGACGACGAUUUCGGAGUGGUGAAGGAGGAGAUUUCUGACGACAAUGCCAAGCUGCCCUGCUUCAAUGGCCGGGUGGUGUCCUGGUUGGUGUCUGCUGAGGGCUCACACCCAGAGGCAGCCCCCUUCUGUGCUGACAACCCAUCAGACCUGCCACCGCCCAUGGAGCGCACAGGAGGCAUUGGGGACUCCCGGCCCCCAUCAUUCCACCCUCAUGCUGGUGGAGGCAGCCAGGAGAACCUGGACAAUGACACAGAGACGGACUCCUUGGUAUCUGCCCAGCGUGAGCGGCCACGCAGGAGGGACGGCCCAGAGCACACAACCCGGCUAAAUGGAACUGCAAAGGGGGAACGGCGGCGAGAACCAGGGGGUUAUGAUAGCUCAUCCACCCUUAUGAGCAGCGAGUUAGAGACCACCAGCUUCUUUGAUUCGGAUGAGGAUGACUCCACCAGCAGGUUCAGCAGCUCCACAGAACAGAGCAGCGCCUCACGCCUGAUGAGAAGACAUAAGCGGCGGCGGAGGAAGCAGAAGGUUUCACGGAUUGAGCGGUCCUCAUCCUUCAGCAGCAUCACGGACUCUACCAUGUCACUCAACAUCAUCACAGUCACUCUCAACAUGGAAAAGUACAACUUUCUGGGCAUCUCUAUCGUGGGCCAAAGCAACGAGCGUGGUGACGGAGGCAUCUAUAUCGGCUCUAUCAUGAAGGGUGGGGCUGUGGCUGCAGAUGGACGCAUUGAGCCAGGAGAUAUGCUGUUGCAGGUAAAUGAGAUCAACUUUGAGAACAUGAGUAAUGACGACGCAGUCCGGGUGCUGCGGGAGAUUGUGCACAAACCGGGGCCCAUCACCCUGACUGUAGCCAAGUGCUGGGACCCAAGUCCACGUGGUUGCUUCACACUGCCCAGGAGUGAGCCCAUCCGGCCCAUUGACCCUGCAGCCUGGGUCUCCCACACUGCAGCCAUGACCGGCACCUUCCCUGCCUAUGGCAUGAGCCCCUCCCUGAGCACCAUCACCUCCACCAGCUCUUCCAUCACCAGCUCCAUCCCUGACACAGAGCGCCUAGAUGACUUCCACCUGUCCAUCCACAGUGACAUGGCUGCCAUUGUAAAAGCCAUGGCCUCCCCUGAAUCUGGGCUGGAGGUCCGUGACCGCAUGUGGCUCAAGAUUACCAUCCCCAAUGCUUUCAUCGGCUCGGAUGUGGUGGACUGGCUAUACCACAACGUGGAAGGCUUCACUGACCGGCGAGAGGCCCGCAAGUAUGCCAGCAACCUGCUAAAAGCCGGCUUCAUCCGCCACACUGUCAACAAGAUCACCUUCUCUGAGCAGUGCUACUACAUCUUCGGUGACCUCUGUGGCAACAUGGCCAACUUGUCCCUCCAUGAUCACGACGGUUCCAGCGGAGCCUCUGACCAGGACACUCUGGCCCCUUUGCCACACCCUGGGGCUGCGCCGUGGCCCAUGGCCUUCCCUUACCAGUACCCGCCACCCCCACACCCCUACAACCCACACCCAGGCUUCCCAGAACUGGGGUACAGCUAUGGUGGGGGCAGCGCCAGCAGUCAGCACAGUGAAGGCAGCCGGAGCAGUGGCUCCAACCGUAGCGGCAGUGACCGGCGGAAGGAGAAGGACCCGAAGGCGGGGGACUCGAAGUCGGGCGGCAGCGGCAGCGAGUCGGACCACACAACCCGCAGCAGCCUGCGGGGGCCUCGGGAAAGGGCACCCAGCGAGCGCUCGGGUCCUGCCGCCAGCGAGCAUAGCCACCGCAGCCACCACUCAAUGGCCAGCAGCCUGCGCAGCCACCACACGCACCCGAGCUACGGCCCCCCUGGCGUACCCCCUCUCUACGGUCCCCCAAUGCUGAUGAUGCCCCCACCGCCCGCGGCCAUGGGGCCCCCAGGAGCCCCACCGGGCCGCGACCUGGCCUCCGUGCCCCCUGAACUGACCGCCAGCAGACAGUCCUUCCGCAUGGCCAUGGGAAACCCCACCAAGAAUUUCGGGCUGUUUGACUUUCUGUGAGCCCCCAGCAAAGGGAGGCCCAGCCUCCGAGGAGACCAGAAGCCCUGCUUCAGCAGCCCCUCAGGGCUUCCCAAGGAUGUUCAGCUCCCACACCUACACUUCAACAUGUUGAGUCACUAGGCUUUUGUGGAGGGCUCCAAACUCUCACCCAUGUAUGAGAGACUCUGUUCCCCUUUCCCGAGAGUGCCCCAUCUCUCUCUCUCUCUCUCUCUCUCUCUCUCUCUCUCUCUCUCUUUCUCUCUUUCUCUCACACACACACAUACACACAUGUGCCUACGCAAGUUCACUUAAGCCUCAGGGCUGGUCCCUACCCAGAGGGCCGGACCCUCUCUCCCAGGUCGUAGGGCUGGUCCCGACUUCCCUGUCCCCUCCCUUAUAGCCCUCAAGCCUCCCACACAUGUCCCCAUCAUCCUCCUACCUGGAUAAAGCUCAUAAGCUGGAUCUCAGGUUAGGCUCUGCAAAGGACUUCCCAAGCAACUGACAGGUUGUUCUCACCCUGCCCCUUACCCCACACAACCUUCUGUGAUUUCACAAUCACUAUGAUACCCCAGAGAAAGGUUGGGUAGGGGGACUUUUGGGAAUCCUGAAUGCUAGGUUUUAUUUUUUACCUUAUUCUCCAGUUUAAGCAAAUCAUGACUUUCUCUUUAAGCCUCUUCUAUAAAUUCUCCUGGCUGACUGAGGCAUCUAUAUUUUUAGGACUGGGGUGUCAAGAGUAGGAUUCAGUCUUAAGCUCCAGGCUCUGGGGCAAACCAGGGUAGAGAUAUUUUGGCAUUUAUUCAUUUAACAAGUACUUCCUGGGGUAUUUGGUGACCAAGGGCUGUGUUGGAGGCAUGACUCAGUCUUGCUUACGUUCUAGGAGCUCUAGAUUUGCUCCCAACCAAGGCCAUGGCUUUCUCCCACCACUACAGGACUGGUUCCUAUACUUUUCCUUUUCUGAUUCUGCCUUGUUCAACUCCCUUGAGAAUUCCUCCACUAUUGCUCAUGCCUUCUAUGUUGGUGCUCCCAGUGUUCCAUCUUUGGUUCACUUCUCUUUCCUCUAAGUUUACUACCCAAAUGGUGUCAUCUAUCCUGAUGUCCUCAAUUGCCACUGAUACACUGGUGAUUCUAAAAUGCCUAUCUCCAGCCACAACUUCUCUCCAAAUUUUAGAUCUGUGUUAUCCACUGGACGUCACCAUGGACAUAUCUAUAUGGACUCAACUCAUUUCCCCCAUCAAGUGUGUUCCUCCUUAAUUCCAACUCUGAUGAUCUUUAGCACAGUCUACAUAGGCAUACCAGCUAGGAACAUUUAUGGACUUAAAUUCUUCCCCAACUCUUACUAGUCAGCAUAUCAUAUCCAUUCCACUUCAACAGUCUUUCUUGAAUAUGGUCCUUCUUCUCCCCCCGCCUCUACCCUAAUUCAUAGGAGCACGGGAUUUGGAGUCAGGUUGUUCUGGGCUUGAAUCCCAGCUCUACUACUUUUUGGUUUCGUGAUAAGAGAGUUACUUAAUCUCUCUGAGCCUCAAUUCCCUCAUAUGUAAAAUGAUGAUAAUAAUACCUACCUCACAGGGUUGUUGUGAGGAUUUAAAUUAGACUUGUACGAAAAGUGCCUAGCACAGUGCCUGGCACAGAGUAG